AAAGGAGAAGGUGGGAACAGCCAACACAAUGCAGGGUAUAAUCUUGCUAACGAUGGUAGUUUUAUCUUCUACGUUCUCUCUCCCAUCUCGCAAGGAUGAACCACAACAAGACUUCGAGCAGAAAAUAAUUAGUUCAGAAGACUUUACCCGUACGCAGAGGAACCUUGUGCAGUUUCACAACAUGAUUAAGUGUACCACGUCACGAAGUUCUUUGUAUUACGUCGACUAUGGCUGUUAUUGCGGUUAUGGAGGAACAGGAAAUCCAUUAGAUGCUACUGAUAGAUGCUGUCAAGUUCAUGAUGAAUGUUACGGUCGUAUAAUGAAAGAUCCAGACUUGUGCACGUUCUCUUCGUCUGUUUAUUGGAAAAUAUACAGUAGAGAUGACACCUGUACUGGUUGUG